AUGGGUUUUGAACUUAAGCUUACUGGAACCGUUAUUUGCAGCGGUGGUAACCGUGGUAUUGGUCUUGGCAUUAGCAGGGCCUGCGCUGAGGCUGGAGCCAAUAUCGCAAUGCUUUACCACAAGCACCCCGAGGCGGACAAGGUUGCGGACUCGCUCGCGAAGGAGUUUGGCGUUAAAGUUAAGGCAUACAAGUGCGACGUCUCUGAUGCUGCGACUGUCAAGUCCACUGUUAAGCAGGUCGAGUCGGAGCUUGGCCAGGUAACGGGUCUUGCUGCGAACGCCGGCGUGUCGGUCGUCAAGCCUGCGCUCGAGAUGACGCCCAAGGACUUUAGCUUUGUGUUUGACGUCAACGUGCUCGGCGUGUUCAACGUCGCGCAGGCUGUUGCGCAGCACUGGAUUGAUUCUGGCUUCAAGAAGGGUUCAAUUGUCGUGACCUCGUCCAUGUCCGCCGAGGUGUACAACCAAAAGGGUCUCAAUGACCCGCUUACUCAAGUUUUCUACAACUCGUCCAAGGGCGCCGUGACGAAUAUGGUCAAGGGUCUUGCUGCCGAGUGGGCCCAGUACGGUAUUCGCGUGAAUGCGCUUGAGCCAGGUUUCUGCAACACGGAGCAGACCAGCGGCAUGGACCAAAAGAUUCGCGACUACCAGGCUGCUUCUGUGCCCAUGGGCCGCUUUUCGGAGCCCCACGAGCAGGCUGCUCCCGCUUUGUUUUUGCUCAGUGAGCACGCCAGCUACAUGACUGGCCACCAGAUCCGCCCCGACGGUGGCUUCACCGUUUGGUAA